AUGAAGGUCCAGAUUCUCUCCGUUGCCGCAUUGGCCUCUUUGGCCAGUGCCUUCUCUGAUGCCCUCAGCAAGCGUGACUCACCACUUGCUGUGACCCUUGAAGUUACCGACAAUACACACGUCAAGGCACUCAUCGUUAACAACGGUUCUGAGGACCUGAAGCUUUUCAAGACUGGUACUUUCCUUGAUGACUCUCACGUAGAGAAGGUUGAGGUGUUCAAGGCUGGCGAGAAGGUUGCCUUCGACGGUAUCCGUCUUCGUGUUAGCACCGCCAAUCUUGAUGAAUCGGCAUUCCAGAUUCUGGCUGCUGGAGAGUCUAUUGAGGCUUUCUUCGAUAUUGCCGUAGCUCACGACCUUGGUGCUGGUGGAGAGUUCAACGUCGUCACUGAAGGUGCUUUCGCCUAUGCCGAUCUCGACUCCACCGUCAUUGCAGGUGCCGUCCCAUUCACUAGCAACACUGUUGCAACUGCGGUCGACGGUGAAAAGGCUGCCAGGGUCCGCCGUGACUACCAAGAUCUCGCAAAGCGCACUGUCGUGCAGUCAGACUGCACUGGCACCCGCCGCAGUGCUACUACCACUGCCAUUUCCAACUGUGCUUCUUUGGCGCGCACUGCCGCUUCUGCCGCCGUGAACAAUGCUGCCAAAAUGAACGAGUACUUCAAGUCUACUUCAUCUUCAACCGUUAGCACCGUUCAGCGGGUCUUCAACAACAUCGCUUCGCAGUGCGGCUCCACAACGUCGGGGAAUUCACGCUACUACUGUAGUGACAUCCUUGGUGCUUGCUCCAACGGUGUUUUGGCGUACACCUACCCAGCUACCAGCCAAAUGGUCAACUGCCCUUUGUUUUUCUCUGGCCUUACUGCGCUCAGCCGUGUUUGCCAUGACCAAGACCAGGCUACCACAAUUCUUCACGAAAUGACCCACUUGACCCAGGUCAAGGGUACCUCCGAUUACGGUGGCUACGGCUACAACUUCGUUCGCAGUCUUACUGCCGCACAAAACCUGAACCACGCUGACACAUACACUCUCUUUGCUCAGGAACGUCUUCAAGAAGAGGUCUUCCGUCGUGAUACCGUACACAUCGAGAUGAAUUUCUACCUUUGCGGUAAGACCUGUGGCUCCAAGACGUGGAAAAAUGUCGCUUUCAAGUAUCCCUGUCGCGUUGUCUGCAUGCCGUACAGCCCAUACAACUCGAAUCUUUUGGAUGGAGACUUGGCCCUCCCGCUCAAAUUUAGAGAUGAGACUUUGCAGAUGUCCCAUGGCAACGGUGACACCGGAACCACCAACAAUGAAUAA